AUGGCAAGAUCGCUCAAGAAAUCAGUCAAGUUAAGCCUAAGACAUGUCCGAGUCCGUUCUUCAACCAUCAGGUUUAAACCAGACUCUAUUUCCAUAGAAAGAGAUCAGAGAAUCGAGUUUCUCGGGGGAGACAGGGGCACUGGGGAUGAAGGAAAUGAUGAUGGCGACAGCAGCAGCGAGUAUGAAGAGUUUGAAGAGGAGGAAGAAGGGGAAGAAGAGGCACAAGAUGAUGGCAUGAGCGUUGUGAUCAGCGGUGACAAAAGUGAACGUGAAGAGACAGAAGCCGUGGUUGAAGCGGCAGAGGCGGAGAUCACUGAGGCCGGGAAUAGGGUGAUGGUGGUGGUGGAUAAAGUAAUUGCAUCAACCGGAGCUCUUGAAUGGGCUUUGAAACAUACAUUACAAUCACAAGACUAUCUUUUUCUCUUGUAUUUCUCCAAACCCUUUCGAAAAGGCAAAAGAAAGAACCGGAGACGUGAAGUAAAGACGGAUGAACUCGUCCAUACUCUAAAGAAACUAUGCCAAACCAAGCGACCCGGGAUAGAGGUUGAGAUAAGAAGGCUAGAAGGAAAAGAGAAGGAGAAAGGAGAGAAGAUAGUGGAAGAAGCUAAAGAACAACAAGUGAGUCUCUUAGUGGUCGGAGAAGAGAAGAAACCACCGGUUUGGAGAUUGUUGACGAGAUGGGGAUGGAAGAAACGAAGAGGCCGAGCAGGAGUUCUCAAGUAUUGCCUAGAGAAGGCUUCAUGUAUGACCAUUGCGGUUAAACCAAAGAACCGUAAGCUUGGCGGUUACCUGAUCACAACCAAACGUCACAAGAACUUUUGGCUCUUAGCUUGAAUUUAUUCUGGUCAAAGCCCUUUUAGGUGAUUUUUUGU